AUGUAUUUUUCCGCCAUUGGCUUCAUCAACGACAUUAAAAAAGGCCCGUUCUGGGAGCACAGCCCGAUGCUGUUUGACAUUUCGGGCGUCAAGGACGGCUGGGGCAAGAUCAACAAGGGUAUGAUUAAAAUGUACAACGCCGAGGUCUUGUCCAAGUUCCCCGUCGUACAACACUUUUCCUUUGGUUCACUGUUCUCAUGGGAAAAGGACCCCAACGCGCAGGUCGCAGCUGGCUCAACUGCAUCUGCAACUACGACUACGCCAGCCGGAGGCGUAACAGCACCUUGGGCUCAAACACCAAGAAUUCCCCCAGGUACUGGAGGGACGAUGGCGCCGACAACUCGAAUGCCGCCACCUACACAACGACCUGGACCUCCGACCAGCGAUGGACAGCCGGGCGGGAUGCCACCGACGAAAGCGCCAUGGGCCAAAUAG